GGGACCAGAGAGGAGACCGUGGAGGGGAAAAAAGAUGCUCGGGCGACCCUGAGGGGUGACGACUGACGAGCAGAUAAGGUUUACCAUGUUAACGGGUCCACUCAUCGUUAACGGGUCCGAACUCAUUUAGUGAUUUUAACCAACCAAAUCAACUUAUAUUUGAACGAUUUCAAGUGCUACUCGCUCAAAAAAGCACCUAGUUUUUUAUCAUAUUUUUUUACAAUUUUUUUUUGAAUUUUUGAAUUUCGAAACGAAAUUCACCGAAAAAUAGCGAAAUUUCUCUUCCCGGUAACUAGCGGAAACGAAAUUUUUACCGGAAUUUCGCCGAAAUUUCGCCGAAAAUGUGAACCUUGGUUGUCACAUGCAUCAUGGGCGGCAGGACUAUUCAGGUGUCAGGAUUUGCUCUAACUGACAGUGCUGAGUAUGUCAAAGAUUUCCUGGAACGAAUUUCUGGCCCUGGAACGAUCCUUGCUCUCAAGCUCAGGCGUCCAAAGAACAUCUCUGCAGCAUCAAAGGCGUUUGCUAUAGUUCAGUUCGAGACACAGGAAAGUGCUUCGUUGGUAGAAAAUGCGGCUCAAAGAAAUGCACUCAAGAGGGGAAUCUUUUUUCUGAAAGUCAGACCUGCGGAGCGUGACAUUAUUCCAAGGCCAAGAGUUCCAAUGUUUUGUUUGGAGGAUACAGACCUGCAUUUUGGGUGUUUGGUUAAGGAAAAUGUACUGUCUGUUCUUUGGAAAGCAAAGGGAGUUGCAGUCAAGUUUGGAUUUGAUAUGAAAACGAUUGGUUUUUACCUGUCCUAUAAUUUUAAAAACUAUAAACUUGAAAUAUCUUACGAGAGUAUAUGGGAGAUGCAGCUUCACCGUCCACCUGCUCAUAGGUCGCGGACAAAGUUCCUUUUGAUUCAGGUUCAGGCGGUUCCUAAAAUUUAUGAAUCCCUCCCACUCUCUUUUGGUCUUAUGUCUGUGGAUCCUUCCUUCAGUUCCUUGAACUAUUUUAGGGACGACACAGAUGAUCAAUGGGACAAAACAAUUGAUUUUACUCCAUCAGCUAGCAUCGGGCAAUCGUCUAUUCUGUGUCUGGAGCUGCCGCAACUGUGUGAUCUCCCAAACAUUGGUGACUACUUUUUUUACUACAAAGAGUACAAUCUUGACUUUGAAUGUCAGAACGGGUGUUCAUAUUCUUGUGGCACUGGCAUUGUUCCAAUUGUGAAAUCCCCUAAUAACAUAGAUGUCCCCUUUGAGAUACUCUUCCAAAUUAAUCAUUUGGUUCAGCUUGGAACCCUCAGUGGGCCAACGCUUGAUAACAAUUUCUUCCGUCUGGUUAGCCCAAAAUUUGUACCUGCUGAUCAUAUAAAGCGUGCAACUCGCUUGGGACAAAAGGCUUUGUUGUUCAUGCGUGGUUUGAAAAGUACCUGCUUGAAUCCAACAGAUUGGUUAUCAGCUGAAUACUCAAAAAUCUACAAAUUAUGCAACACAUUGCAAAUAUCACCUCAGAUAUCUCCAGACGAUGGAUUGGUUUAUGUCCACAGGGUACAAGUUACCCCGGCUAAAGUUUACUUCUAUGGACCAGAGAUAAAUGUCUCCGAUCGUGUCGUGAGGCAUUUCUCUGCUGACAUAGAUAACUUCCUUCGGGUUUCUUUUGUUGAUGAGGACUUUGAGAAGCUCCAUUCAGCUGAUUUGUCAUCUCGCUCUUCUUCAAAAAAUAAUGAUGCUAGGAGAACUUCUCUGUACAAUAGAGUUCUGUCAGUCCUUUCCAAUGGCAUUAGUAUUGGCGACAAGCGCUUUGAGUUUCUUGCCUUUUCUUCAAGCCAGCUCCGAGAUAACUCUACAUGGAUGUUUGCCUCUCAUCAGGGAUUAACUGCAAGUGACAUCAGGAAGUGGAUGGGAGACUUCCGGAAUAUCAGAAAUGUGGCAAAGUAUGCUGCAAGACUUGGUCAAUCUUUUAGUUCCUCAACAGAAACCUUAAAAGUAUACAAGUAUGAGGUGGAAGAAAUUCCAGAUAUAACAAAUGGCACGGAGUACAUAUUCUCUGAUGGAGUAGGAAAGAUUUCAGCUGAUUUCUCAAUGGAAGUGGCUAUGAAGUGCAAACUGAAAUGCUCUGCUCCAUCUGUUUUUCAAAUAAGGUAUGGUGGUUACAAAGGUAUUGUUGCUGUUGACCCAAGAUCAAACUGGAAGCUUUCUUUGAGGAAAAGCAUGUUAAAGUUCCAGUCUGAAAACAUUACUCUGGAUGUCCUUGCAUGCAGCAAAUAUCAGCCGUAUUUCCUGAAUCGACAAUUGAUUACUCUUCUUUCAACACUUGGAGUUGGUGAUAGUGUCUUUGAAUUAAAGCAAGAGGAAGCCGUGAGGCUGUUGAACAGUGUGGUAACUGAGCCACAGGCUGCUAUUAAAGCAAUUAAACUUAUACCCAUGGGAGAAGUAACCAAUGUGGUUAAAGAAUUGUUGUUGUGUGGCUACAAGCCUGAUCACGAACCAUAUCUUUCCAUGCUGCUACAAACUUUUAGAGCAUUCAAGCUGCAAGAACUGAAAACAAAGUCAAGGAUAUUCAUCCCACAAGGACGGGCAAUGAUGGGAUGCUUGGAUGAAACCUGCACACUGAAGUAUGGCCAGGUAUUUAUUCAAGCUUCUUAUGGUGCAGAUGACAAUCGCAAAUUUGUUGUAACAGGAAAAGUAGCUGUUGCCAAAAAUCCUUGCCUCCACCCCGGUGAUGUACGGGUUCUCCAUGCUGUCAAUGUUCCUGAUCUGCACCACAUGUUUGACUGUGUUGUCUUUCCACAGCAAGGACCAAGGCAACAUCCUAAUGAGUGUUCAGGGAGUGAUCUUGAUGGGGACAUAUAUUUAGUUUCUUGGGAUCAAUCUCUGAUCCCUAUUCGUAUGGUGGCGCCUACGGACUAUACUCCAGCACCAACUGAUACACUAGAUCAUGAUGUUAAAAUUGAGGAAGUAGAAGAGUACUUCACAAAUUACAUAGUUAAUGAGAGUCUGGGAAUCAUUGCCCAUGCUCAUGUGGUCUUUGCAGAUAAAGAACCUCUUAAGGCUGAAAGUGAGCCAUGUAAAGAACUGGCCAAGCUCUUCUCAGUAGCUGUUGAUUUCCCAAAGACAGGAGUGCCAGCUCAGAUUCCACAUGAGCUACAUGUCAGAGAGUAUCCUGAUUUCAUGGAGAAGCUUGACAAAGCCACCUAUGUUUCCAAGCGUGUAAUCGGGAAGCUCUACAGGGAAAUAAAGAAGCGCACACCUCACAUAAAGUACUUCACAAGGGAUGUGGCAAGGCGGUCUUAUGAUUCCGAUUUGAUUGUCGAUGGCUAUGAAGAUUACAUUACCGAGGCUGCAGAAUUCAAGCAAGACUAUGAUUUCAAGUUGGGUAAUCUUAUGGACCACUAUGGCAUAAAAAGUGAAGCUGAGAUAAUCAGUGGAUGUGUUCUAAAGAUGGCAAGAAAUUUCACCAAGAGUAGCGAUGCUGAUGCAAUCAGAAUGGCAGUGAGAUCUUUGAGGAAAGAAGCCAUGUCAUGGUUCAGCGAGAUGGGCAUGGACGAGAAUGGAAUUGGUCAAGACGACUUAGAUGCUAAGGCCCCUGCUUGGUAUCAUGUUACUUAUCAUCCACAUUACUGGGGCUGCUACAAUAAAGGAUAUGACGGGGACCGGCCACAUCUUAUUAGCUUUCCAUGGUGUGUAUAUGACAGACUUAUAUGCAUCAAGCAGAGGAGAAAUUUGAAAAGGAAGAUGGUCCUGAAAUGAAUUAAAUGUCGUGGGCUUUUGGGUACCCACAGCCGGGUGGCGGAACACACCCGCCUAUUCCCUCGAGGGGAAGUACUCGGGAAGUGCAA